AUGAAUCAGGACAAUUUCCCAUUGAAAUUCCGUCGAACUUCUAGCAAACUCCACAAGGAUCCCCCUAGCUUCAGUUCGCGCAUUCUUCGGAGCCAUCAGAGUGCCACAUCGUUGAAACGUACCCCCUCCGCCCCCGUUUAUCCACGUUCCUCUCCCAGCGGUAGUCGCGAGCAUAAUCGAUCGCAAUCCAACGCUCAAUUCCCAGGUUCCUCCUCGUCGUCUCUGGAUCAGAACAGUGGCGGUCCAUCGCCUUCCAACGACGAAUCAGGUGGCUUCUUCUCCAAUCUGACCUCCCGGUCUCGCACCCGAAGUUCCCACCGGUUUUCCUACAACGAGCAGAGUUCGGAUGAAUUGAACGGCCCUCACGAAACGCGGGGCAUGCUUAGUGCAUUGGAUGAGAAUAGCGUCGAGACCGAUCCUCACUCCCAGCAAAAGCCCGCACUGCGCUCGAACCACACCAGCCCCGAUAACCGCGGACGCCACUCACUGCGCCAGUCAGCGAGCUUCACCACUCUGACGCAACGAAUGGAUUCCUUCGCUCAUCGCGAGACCGAAAGGCCCCCGAACCCCGGCAAGCAGCAUUCCGACGAUGGCAAUCCUCCGGCUCCCCGAACGAGACAGAGCAAAAAGGCCAGCUUCUCCAGAUUCGUGGACAGUAUGCUGGGAAGCCCCGGUCGCAAUAUGAAAAUUUCGGCUCCAGAGAAUCCGGUCCACGUUACCCACGUCGGCUACGACAAUCAGACCGGCCAAUUCACCGGUCUGCCCAAAGAAUGGCAGCGACUACUACAGGAGAACGGUAUCUCGAAGAAGGAGCAGGAGGAGCACCCGCAGACUAUGAUGGAUAUCAUGCGAUUCUACGAGAAGAACACCCGUGGCGACAGCGAUGAUGAAGUCUGGCACAAGUUCGACAAUGCGCAAGCUGCUCAAGCUGCGCAAGCCACCAGCCCACGAGAACAAACAUCGCCACCAGGAAGUCCACGAUUCCCGCAAAAUCACGAAAGCAGUUUCGAGAAUCCGCGAUCGCCUCCGCCAAUUCCUCGCGGACCUCCGGCAGGCAUGCCUGUCAUAUCUCCUCCACUGAGCGGUAUGGUGCCGCAUCGUGCUCCCCCGAAACCGCCUACCGGGAUGACCCCCUCCCGCCCUCCUCCUCAACCCCCGAUCUCAAAUUCGUACACAUCCCCGCAGCGAACUGCUCCGGAGAACCACGCUCCUACAUUUGGCACUCCGACUAUCCCGGAAUCCGAGCCAUUGCCAUCAUCGCCCCAUCGCAGCCGCUCCAGUUCCCGAAAUGGCACCCCUACGGCCAGCGUCCCCAACGUCCCCAAUGUCAUCGCAUCCCCUACACAAUACCAGCGGCAACAGGAGCAAGUCAUGGCCGCGGCCCAGCAGACUUUGGAACGGAAUCGCACCCAACGCCAGCAAGCACAGCAGCCUCCAGCUGCCUCCGCAUCAACCACUGCUCCGGCGCCAGAUCUUUCGUCUGGGGUGUCCCCUACCGCGCGCGCUCCACCUGCUGCUAGACCUAGACAGCGCCAGCAACGACAGAGCAGCGCCAUGGAUAUUCGGGCACGCUUGAUGCUAAUCUGCAACCCUGCCGAUCCCACCCAGAUCUACCACAACUUCAACAAAAUCGGCCAAGGUGCUUCAGGUGGUGUGUACACAGCGUAUGAGUAUCCUAACAACAACUGCGUUGCUAUCAAGCAGAUGAAUCUAGACCUGCAACCCAAGAAGGACCUGAUUAUUAACGAAAUCUUGGUCAUGAAAGAUAGCAAGCAUAAGAACAUCGUGAACUUUUUAGAGAGCUUCUUGCAUGGGCUGGAUCUUUGGGUUGUGAUGGAAUACAUGGAAGGUGGCAGUUUGACAGACGUGGUUACCUUCAACAUUAUGAGCGAGGGACAGAUCGCAGCUGUUUGCCGAGAGACUCUGAGCGGCCUCCAGCAUUUGCAUUCUAAAGGUGUCAUUCAUCGAGAUAUCAAAUCUGACAACAUUCUAUUGGCAAUGGAUGGUAACAUCAAGCUGACCGAUUUCGGUUUCUGUGCUCAAAUCAACGACUCGCAGAAUAAGCGGAAUACCAUGGUCGGUACCCCGUACUGGAUGGCCCCCGAAGUUGUCACUCGCAAAGAGUAUGGCCGUAAGGUCGACAUCUGGAGUUUAGGCAUCAUGGCCAUCGAGAUGAUCGAGGGCGAGCCGCCGUACCUGACAGAAUCCCCGCUGCGAGCACUCUAUCUGAUUGCUACGAACGGAACGCCCACCAUCAAAGAUGAGCACAAUCUAUCCCCGGUAUUCCGCGAAUUCCUUCACUUUGCCCUGAAGGUUGACCCGGAGAAGCGGGCGUCGGCGCAUGACCUACUGAAGCACCCAUUCAUGUCUCUCUGCGCACCACUCUCGCAUCUCGCCCCCUUGGUUAAGGCUGCUCGUAUCAGCCGCGCUCAAGAGAAAGCCCAAAAAGGAGGCGCUUGA